UAUUUCCUUUUGUGGAAUCGGUAUAUUGUCUAUCUAGUUAGAAAAAAACAAAACCAAAACAUUUAUCAAAUCUGAAACUCUUAUUGUCUGAUGUUUCUUGAACUGUAAAGCGUAAUAUUACGGUUAAAGUGAAGAGUUUAGUAGCCUGUCAAUCAUAACUCGUCAUCAGGCUAGGUUGAGACUGCGGAGCUUUUCCACGUCAGUGUGUUUACCAAGGCCAGAUUGACAGCUGCAGGAAGGUGUUCACUUUAUUCACUUAUGGAGCAUUAUUUUGAAGAGUGAAUGAAUACGUGGUGUUUGGAAUUAUUACGGUAUCACGCAGUGGAAUGUCCGAAAACAUUAGUUGUUCCUGUUGUCGUGCUGAACUGAACUUUGGUCUUCUUCAUUCACUGUUGGCCGGCUAGCCUGCUAGCUUGCCGAGCUAGGCUAGCAUAAGCUACAUCAGGACUCCAUCUCUGAAAUAGCAGCCACACACAGAAAGCAGCAUGGUGGACAAGAACAUCUACAUCGUCCAGGGUGAGAUUAGUACCGUUGUUGGAGCUAUCAAGAGGAACUCCAGGUGGAAUACCCACACUCCACUGGAUGAAGAGCAGGACCCUCUACUUAACAGCUUUGCCCACCUGAAAGAAACCCUCAACUACAUUAAAGAGCUCUCAGAUGUGGAACCCAACGUUUUUCUCAGGCCCUUCCUCGAGGUGGUCCGCUCUGAGGACACCACUGGACCAAUCACAGGCCUCGCCCUUACUUCUGUCAACAAAUUCCUCUCCUACGGCCUUAUAGAUGCUAACCAUGAAGCAGCAGCAGAGGCCAUAGAGAACAUGGCCGACGCAGUCACACACGCUCGCUUUGUGGGAACCGACCCUGCCAGCGAUGAAGUGGUCCUUAUGAAAAUUCUGCAGGUCCUCAGGACUCUGCUGCUCACACCGGUCGGAGCCCAUCUGACCAACGAGUCGGUCUGUGAGAUCAUGCAGUCCUGCUUCAGGAUCUGCUUUGAGAUGCGUCUGAGUGAGCUCCUCAGGAAAUCAGCUGAACACACACUGGUUGACAUGGUGCAGCUACUGUUCUCUAGACUACCACAGUUCAAAGAGGAGGCCAAGAGUUACGUUGGUGCCAACAUGAAGAAGUUGAAGAUGCGCGCCGGUGGGAUGAGUGAGUCAUCCAAAUGGAAGAAGCAAAAGCGUUCACCGAGGCCGCCUCACCACAUGGUCCGAAGUCCCUCCGGUCAGAUGGACCCCACCCAGCCCAGCACCCUCAGCAACAACAACCUCUCAGGCGGCGUCCCGUUCAUCGAGUGCUCAGACAGUGCUGCUUCGUCAGUCUCCAGCCCUACAACCACAGACAGUGGCCUGGACACCUGCUCCAAAGCCACCUCCAGGGAGGACCUCUCCGACCUGGAGCCCUGCAGCUCCUCUGCCACCAUGCUUCCUGGCUCUGAGCCUGGCUCUCCAGAUGCACAGUCUGAGGGCAGUCAAGUUGGACCAGCUCAGUCAGCCUCGAUGGAGUCCAUCCCUGAGGUUCUGGGGGACAAAGACAACGCUACGGAUCAGUCAGACAGCGCCUCUAUACAUGACAUGGACUAUGUCAACCCACGUGGAGUGCGCUUUACUCAGUCCACACAAAGAGACGGAGCGUCCAUCAUCCCUUAUGGCUUGCCAUGUCUAAGGGAGCUCUUUCGCUUCCUGAUCUCCCUGACCAACCCCCACGACCGCCACAACACUGACGCCAUGAUGCACAUGGGCCUGCAGCUGCUGACUGUUGCACUCGAGUCAGCACACUUCACUAACUACCAGUCUUUACUGGGACUGGUCAAAGAUGAGCUCUGCAGACACCUUUUCCAGCUGCUGAGUGUGGACCGUAUGAAUCUGUAUGCUUCCUCCAUACGAGUUUGCUUCUUGCUUUUUGAAAGCAUGAGAGUACAUCUGAAGUUUCAGCUUGAGAUGUACUUGAAGAAGCUGAUGGACAUCAUCACUUCAGAGAACAUGAAGAUGCCCUACGAGCUGAAGGAGAUGGCUCUGGAGGCUCUGGUCCAGCUGUGGAGGAUUCCUAGCUUUGUCACUGAGCUGUACAUCAACUAUGACUGUGACUUCUACUUCUCCAAUCUGUUCGAAGACCUCACCAAGCUGCUCUCCAAGAAUGCGUUCCCGGUGUCGGGGCAGCUGUACACCACCCACCUGCUGUCUCUGGAGGCCCUGCUCACUGUGAUCGACAGCACUGAAGCCCACUGCCAGGUCAAGGUGCUGAACAGCAGCGCUCAGCAGGACCACACAGACACCCUGCAGGCAGAGGGAGAGAACAGCAGGGACGGGACUGAGACUACAACCGAUUUGAACAGACAGGGCAGUACCAACGGUCUGAGUCUUCCACAGGCUGAGGACGCCCCGGUGUGUCCACCAACCAGUGGACAUCUGAUGGCAGAGAAGAUGAGACUGGGCCGAGAGGACCAAGGGGAUUAUGACCCUGCUGAGAAGAGUGCCUCGAAAAAGCCUCAACGCUUCUCUUCAUGUUUACCUGAUUCCCAAGAGUUGAUGGACAUUAGAACAAAGAAAAAGCUACUGAUCACAGGCACAGAGCAGUUCAACCAGAAGCCCAAGAAAGGGAUCCAGUUCCUCCAGGAGAAAGGUCUUCUCAGUAACCCCAUAGACAACAACCAGGUGGCCCAGUGGCUCAGAGAAAACCCUCGACUGGACAAAAAGAUGAUCGGCGAGUUUGUCAGCGAUCGCAAGCACAUGGAGCUCCUGGACAGCUUUGUAAACACAUUCGGCUUCCAGGGGCUCCGUAUCGAUGAGGCCCUGCGGCUCUACCUGGAGGCCUUCAGACUCCCAGGAGAGGCUCCUGUCAUCCAGAGACUCCUCGAAACCUUUACAGACAACUGGCAUAAAGUGAACGGCUCUCCUUUCAUGACCAACGAUGCGGGCUUCGCCUUGGCCUACGCUGUCAUCAUGCUGAACACUGACCAGCACAACCACAACGUCCGCAAACAGAACAUCCCCAUGACCAUAGAGCAAUUUAGGAAAAAUCUGAAGGGAGUUAAUGGAAACAAAGACUUUGACCAGGACAUGUUGGAGGAUAUCUACAAUGCUAUCAAGAAUGAGGAGAUUGUGAUGCCUGAUGAGCAGUCGGGGUUAGUGAAGGAUAACUAUGUAUGGAGUGUGUUGCUACACCGAGGCGCCACACCUGAGGGUAUUUUCCUCCACCUGCCUGCUGGCAGCUACGACCAUGACUUGUUUACCAUGACCUGGGGUCCUACCAUCGCUGCCCUCUCCUACGUCUUCGACAAGAGCCUGGACGAGAACAUCAUCCAGAAGGCCAUCACUGGCUUCAGGAAAUGUGCAAUGAUAGCGGCUCACUAUGGCUUCAGUGAUGUUUUCGACAAUUUGAUCAUCUCCCUCUGCAAGUUCACCACCCUGAGCAGUGAGUCUGUGGAGAACCUCCCCACAGUGUUCGGCAGUAACAACAAGGCCCAGACGGCAGCCAAGACGGUGUUUGACCUCGCCCAUCGGCACGGCAACAUCCUGAGGGAGGGCUGGAAGAACAUCAUGGACUCCAUGCUCCAGCUGUUCAGAGCCGAGCUGCUGCCCAAAGCCAUGGUGGAGGUGGAGGAUUUUGUGGAGCCCAAUGGGAAAAUCUCUCUUCAAAGAGAAGAAACGCCUUCAAAUCGUGGUGAGUCGGCGGUGCUGAGUUUUGUCAACUGGUUGACUCUGAGUGGAGCCGAGCAGUCAGGACUGAGAGGGCCGUCCACGGAGAACCAGGAGGCCAAGCAGGCCGCCCUGCUCUGCAUCAAGCAAUGUGACCCAGAAAAGCUGAUCACAGAGAGCAAAUUUCUACAGCUGGAGUCUCUACAGGAGCUAAUGAAGGCUCUGAUAUCAGUCACCCCAGAUGAAGAGACCUAUGAUGAAGAGGAUGCUGCCUUCUGCUUGGAGAUGCUGCUGCGAAUCAUCCUGGAGAACCGAGACCGUGUGUCAUGUGUGUGGCAGACAGUGCGGGACCAUCUCUGCCAUCUCUGUGUUCACCCCAACGAGAGCUGCUUCCUGGUGGAGAGGGCCGUGGUGGGACUCCUCCGCCUCGCUAUCCGCCUGCUGCGGCGUGAAGACAUUAGCUCUCAGGUCCUCCACUCACUGCGCCUCCUGCUGAUGAUGAAGCCUCACGUCCUGUCCCGGGUCAGCAGGGAGGUGGCCUAUGGCCUCCAUGAGCUACUGAAGACUAACGCAGCCAACAUCCACUGCACCAACGACUGGUUCACACUCUUCUCCCUGCUGGAGUGCAUCGGAGCUGGAGUCAAACCUCCUGCCUCCUUCCAGCUCUCCUCCACCCACAGCGACCACGACGCAGGGGCGCAGUCGGACAGCGAGCUGGCGUCUCAUCAUGUCAGCGAAGUGGACUCAGAGCGCGGCUACACCUCAGACUCAGGAGUCUACACGGAGCACAGCAAGACCAGGGUGCCUCGCUCUGCCACAGACCUGGAUGUAGCAAGCAGCGGCUGGCUCCUGGUUGGGAAAGAUGACACUGCAGUGAACUCUAAAGCUCAGCUCAAUAACCCCCUGGUCAACCAGUACAGUCUGACUCUGGGUCAGGACCUGGGCCAGCAUGACACCAAGUCUCUCAUCAAGUGUGUGGAGACGCUGUCCUUCAUCGUCCGUGACGCAGCCCAUGUCACCCCUGAUAACUUUGAGCUGUGUGUCCGCGCUAUACGAGUGUUUGUGGAGGCCAGUCUCAACGGAGGUUACCGCAACCACGACAAGAAGAAGAGCCACAAGUACGACUCGUCCAAAUCCCGGAUGAGGAAGAAGGCAGGGGGGAGAGACAAGGAGGGGGGAGGAGGCACGAGGCGAGGGGGCAGCCGGGUGUCCAGCCAGCGUCCAUCACGUUCCCAUAGCGACGAGGAGGAGGACGAGGGAGUGCCGGCCAGCUACCACACGGUGUCAUUACAGGUUAGUCAGGAUCUUCUGGAUCUGAUGCACACACUGCACACCCGGGCUGCCAGCAUCUACAGCUCCUGGGCGGAGGAGCAACGCCACCUGGAGGCGGCCGGCCGAAGGAUCGAGGCGGACUCUCAGACUCUGUGGAGCAGCUGCUGGUGCCCGCUGCUGCAAG